AUGUUUAUAUUUAAAUUAAUUUGUAGGUUAUGGUUAUUUAUUAUUUCAAAAGUUCCUGAAACUAUAGAUACAUUAUUUAUUGUAUUACGACGACAAGAACUUAUUUUCCUACAUUGGUUUCAUCAUGCAUCAGUACUUGUGUAUUGUUUUUACAGUUAUGGUCUAUUCGCACCAUCUGGUCGUUGGUUUACGACAAUAAAUCUAUGCAUUCAUGCAAUUAUGUAUGGUUAUUUUGCAUUACGAGCUGCUCGUUUUCGAAUUCCUCGGUUUAUACAACAAUCUAUUACAGUAUUUCAACUUAUUCAAAUGAUUAUUGGUUGUAUAGUUAAUAUUUCUGCAUAUAAAUAUAAAUAUGAUGGAUACUAUUGCAUGACAUCUUAUAGUAACAUUAUCGUAUCACUUCUACUUUAUUUUGCUUAUCUCAUCCUUUUUGCAUAUUUUUUCUAUACAACAUAUUUACAAAAACGAACGAAAAAACGUCGAGACUAA